UGUUGUCUUGGUUUCAGGCUCUUGUUACGCUGCCUGAAACAGACGGGUCGGAUCUGCCUGGGUCCCCUCCGCCUGUACACCCUAACCCUGGUUGAUGCCCUGCCCACCGCCACCACCCUGCAGCUCCACUGCACAGCUGCCAUGGAAAACACACUUUCAGGACAGGAUGGUGUGAUUUCUCUGUCCUCUGAUGCUCUGAGGUUUUGUAAGCAGCAGAAUGUCCAAGUCUUCCUUCACAGUCUCAGAUACACUUUGUUCCAGAGAAGACUCCUUCACAAAUUCAAAGGUUCUUCUGCUUCCAUUGACGACCACUCGAUGGAGCUUUGCCUGACAGCUGUGAAAUUUGCUCGGAAAAAGGGAAACGUUGCCCUGGCGUCUCGCCUGCUGAGCCUUUGCAGCAAUGGAACGCACCCGGACGACGAGCAGGAGGAACUCUGCCAGACCUUCAGGCGUCUCUCCCUGCACGGUACUCUGAGAGAAAAAUGGGGACCGGAGUUCCAGAUUGAAAAAUCCAAAGUCCUGAGAACAUCAGGUCAGUCAACUGCAGCCAUGGAGAUGCUGAGCAGUGCCGCUCUGUCCUUCUGCCACGUGGGGAAGAACGAGCGCGCCGCCUGCCGUUCGCUGUUGACCCUCUGCAAGUGGCUGCUGGCAGACUGGAAGGACCUGACCCCUCAGCUGAAACAGGUUUUUAAACACUCUGGGGCAGUGAACUCUUCCAGCGCGUUGGGCAGCAUGUCACCUCUGAGUCGGAACGUUGUCGCUCUGCUGGAGCUCCCCCUGGAGGGCGGCCACAUCAUCCACAUCAUCGCUGACACAUCAGUGAAUAUGGGUGUUGGGGAACCAGAUUUCAUUUUGGGCCAGCUCUAUCAGCUGUCCACUAGCCUGGCUCCAGAGGUGGCCAAGUCCUGGGCCUCACUUGCGAGCUGGGCUUAUCGCUGGGGCAGGAAAGUGGUGGAUAAUGCCAGCCAAGAGGGGGGGCUGCCCCUCCUUCCUGGGGAAAAAAAGGGUAUUGUGGAGCUCCUGCCUGCUACCACCAAUGAAGAAGACAAGGAAGCCAUCUGCAGCAUUCUGGGACAGGCCAUGUGUCGUCCAACUGGCAUACAGGAUGAGGACAUGGCUCUGCAGCAGGAUGACACCGAGGACGACAUGGUAGAUGUUAUCUGGAGGCAGCUGCUCACCUCUUGUCCUUGGCUCAGUGAGGCAGGCCAGCAAGUCACAGAGGGUCUGAUCCAGGUUUGGAGACAGGUGGUGGAUCGGAUUUUCAGCCUCUACAGAGUUUCCUGCCAGGCCUACUUCAUCUUCCUGAAGCUGAAUGCAGGACAGGUCCAGAUCGAUGAGGAUGACCCAAAACUGCUCCUGGCUUGUCAGAACAGCAAGCAGAGCAAUGAUGAUGUGAUUGUCAUGGCAACUCUGCGUCUCCUCCGUCUCCUGGUGAAACACGCCAGUGAACUCCGAGAAGGUCUGGAGCUCGGCCUCGCCUCCACCCCGACAGCACCCUGGAGGGGGAUAAUCCCCCAGCUCUUCUCCCGUCUCAACCAUCCAGAAGCUUACAUCCGACAAAGCAUUUGCAGUUUGCUGUGUCGAGUGGCUCAGGACUCCCCACACCUCAUCCUGUAUCCAGCCAUCGUGGGCUCCCUGUCGCUGGGAGGUGACGCCCAGACCGCAGGCAGCAAGCUGCCGUCGGCUCUGCCCACGUUCUUGGGCAGCAUGCAGGGAGACAGUCUGGGCGGGGACGAGGAGGAGGAGAACGACAGUCAAGCUCGAGCUUCAGAAGAACUGACAACCUUCUGCUCUCGUCAGGACCAGGCCAUGAUGCAGGACUGUUACACCAACAUCGUGGACAAGCUGUCUUUGGCCAAUCCCAGCAUGGUGCUUCAGGUUCAGCAACUGGUGGGCGAACUGCGCAGGGUGACCUUACUGUGGGAUGAGCUUUGGUUGGGUGUCUUGCAGCAGCAGCAUAUGCACGUCUUACGUAGGAUUCAGCCGGAGGAUGAAGUCAAGAGGGUGCAGAACAACAACACUCUGCGCAGAGAUGAAAAGGUCGCCAUAAUGCGUGAGAAGCACUCAGCUCUGAUGCGGCCGGUGGUUUUUGCCUUGGAUCACGUUUGCAGCAUCACGGCGGCACCGGCAGAGACUCCACAUGAGAGCUGGUUCCAGCAGACCUACGGUGAAGCCAUAGCAUCGGCCCUGGAGCGCCUGAGGAACCCCCAGAACCCCGCCAGCCCUGCCAGCAGCUGGCUUCCCUUCAAACAGAUCAUGAUAAGUUUGCAGCAGCGCGCUCAGAAGCGAGCGAGCUACCUGCUCCAUCUGGACGAGAUCAGCCCGGCUCUGGCCGCCAUGACCACCACAGAGAUGGCUCUACCAGGCGAGGUGUCUGCGUCUGAUGCCGUCACCAUACAGAGCGUUGGCAAGACCAUCACCAUCCUGCCCACGAAGACCAAACCAAAGAAGCUCUUCUUUUUGGGCUCAGAUGGACGGAAUUACCCAUACCUUUUCAAAGGUCUGGAAGAUUUGCACCUGGAUGAGCGCAUCAUGCAGUUCUUAUCAAUAGUCAACACCAUGUUCACCAAGACCAACCAGCAGGAACAGCCGCACUUCCAUGCCCGCCACUACUCGGUCACGCCCCUCGGGACCCGGUCAGGACUCAUCCAGUGGGUGGACAGAGCCACGCCCCUCUUUGGUCUGUACAAGCGCUGGCAGCAGAGGGAGGCAGUACUCCAGGCUCAGAAGGCUCAAGAGUCUUUGCAGCAGCCUGUGCCUCCGGUCCCUCGGCCCAGUGAGCUUUACUACAGCAAGAUCGGGCCAGCUCUGAAAGCAGUGGGGCUCAGUGUGGAGGCAAGCCGGCGAGACUGGCCUCUCAGUGUCAUGAAGGAGGUGCUGAAAGAGUUGAUGGACUCUACACCGUCCAACCUGUUGGCCAAGGAGCUUUGGUGUUCCUGUGCCACGCCCAGUGAGUGGUGGAGGGUGACUCAGUCCUAUGCCAGAUCCACUGCGGUGAUGUCCAUGGUGGGAUACAUCAUCGGACUCGGGGACCGUCACCUCGACAACGUGCUGAUCGACAUGACCACCGGAGAAGUGGUGCACAUUGAUUACAAUGUUUGCUUUGAAAAAGGAAAGAGUCUGCGGGUUCCAGAGAAGGUUCCCUUCAGGAUGACACACAACAUUGAGAUGGCUCUGGGAGUCACUGGGGUGGAAGGCAUCUUCAGGAUGUCCUGUGAACAGGUGGUUCAGAUGAUGCGUCGGGGCAGAGAGACCCUGCUGACCCUGCUGGAGGCCUUUGUCUAUGAUCCCCUGGUGGACUGGACUGCCGGGGGGGAGGUGGGCUUUGCCGGAGCCGUGUACGGUGGAGGAGGCCAGCAGGCUGACAACAAGCAAAGCAAACGGGAGAUGGAGAGAGACAUCACUCACUCCCUGUUCUCCUCCAGGGUGGCUGAAAUCAAGGUGAACUGGUUCAAGAACCGGGACGAGAUGCUGGCCGUGCUGCCGCAGCUGGAGGAGUCAGUGGAGGAUUACCUGGACCUGCAGGAGUUACUGUGUCAGGGAGAGAAGCAGCAGGCCAAGCUGCAGGAGGAGACCACAUACCUGGAGGGGGCGGACAGCAAUCCAGACCACCUCGUUCACACCCUGGACCAAAGGUACUCUGAACACACCCAGCUCCAGUCACGGCAACGAACAGUGCAGGAAGCCAUCAAGAGCAAGCUGGCUGACCUGGACCAGUGGAUCUCUCAGUACCACGCGGCCUUUUCCAGCCUGGAGGCGACCCAGCUGGCCAACCUGCUGCAGGACAUCAGCACUUCUAUAGAUCUGGGUCCUCCCAGCUACGUUCCAGCCACAGCGUUCCUGCAGAAUGCGGGUCAGGCACACCUCAUCAGCCAGUGUGAGAGCGUGGAUGCGGAGGUGGGAUCCCUGCUGCAGCAGCGCCGCAGCGCCCUCCGCAGCUGUCUGGAGCAGUUGCACAGUUAUGCCACAGUGGCUCUGCUGUACCCGCGGACCACCAUGGUGCACCACCGAGUCCACCAGUGGAAGACCUGGCUGGAAGAACUGCUAGAAGACAUGACGGUGGAGCACUGUCAGCACAUCUACAGACAAUACGAGGUGCUGUUUGCGCCCCAGGCUCCUGCUGUGUCCUGCCAGUUCCUGUCCAGUGUGGACUUAGCUUUGCAGCACCAAGUGACUAAAAAGAACGAGCGUGUGCUGCAGCGAGCCGAGCGCAUUAAGGCUGAGGGCGCCACCGUGGCAGCCUGCGAGGAGCAGCUGCAGGAGAUUGAAAACUGCAUUACAGGCUUCCUGCAGGAGAAUGGAGAGUCCGGAUCCUUGAGCCUCGCCGAAAUCAUCACAUCUGCCCUCUGCAUGCUCUGCAGGCCCAACCUAGUAAUGGAGAGCGCUGCAGCCAGCGCGGGGGAGCAGCUGGUGGACCUGGUGUUGCGGGAUGGAGUGUGGUUCCUGGAGGAGCUCUGCAGUAUGAUCGGAAAUGUCACCGCCCUAGCAACUUUGCUGCAGCGCUGUUCACUCCUGCCUCAUGACCUGGAGCUGCCCUCACCCUCCACUGCAACUCAGACUCUCUAUCUGGCCAGUGCCGUCUACACCAGUCUGCAGGAGCUGAACACCAACUUCCAUCAGAUCAUCCUUCCAGAGGCCGUGCGCUGCAUGCUGAAAGGGGAGCCCACCUUGGAGGCCAUGUUGAGCGAGCUGGAGCAACUUCUGGAGCAGAGUUCCGAUGGUCUCGGUCUCCAUGAUUUGGCUGACAGCCUCCAGACGACCACAGGUCUGGACCAGGAGGAACAUAACCACUGCCUCAACAUCACCAGGAUGCUUCGUGCUCAGUACUCUGACCUGAUCCAGCCUCGGAACAUGGAUGGACCGGACCAAAGCCCACCAAAGAUGUCCGCGGGCCAAAUGUUGCUGGUUGCAUUUGAUGGAAUGUUUUCCCAGCUGGAGACUUCUUUUGGACAUCUCACUGAGAAGCUGAGUUCUCUGGAGGUGCCGCUGGCCUGGAGGAAGGUUGACGUCCUGAAGGAGGCUCGGGCCGCCCAGCUACACUUCUUCGACAGCGCGACUCAGCGGCAGCUGAUGGAAGAUGUGUUUUUCCUCAAGAGACUGCAGACCAUCAGGGAUUUCUUCAGGCUCUGUGCUUCCUUUGCUCAAACUCUGUCUGGUACCUGUCCCCCAGCCGAUGACCUGUUGCCUUCCAACGGGCCCAUUAGUUUGGGAAUGCCGUUGUACCGGGGCCCGGGUGCCACAGGCUCGGGCGUGGCCGUGGUCAGUGAGGAGCUGAUGACCCAUCCUAUCAAGACCUUCACGGCAGACUUUGUCCGAGAGAUGCUCAUGGGUCUGCCCAGCCAGGCUCUUGGUCUCUGUCUCUGCAGUACCCUGUCUGCCCUCGGCCUCGACGUGGUUGCACAGGUGGAGGCCAAAGACUUUGGAGCUGACACCAAGGUUUCUCUGGAUGAGCUGUGCAAGAAGGCAGUAGAACAGAGCCUGGCCUCAGGCCAGGUGUCCCAGCUGCUCCUGAACCGAGCCACUGUGCUGGCCUCAUCCUACGACACAGCCUGGAAGAAGGUGGACCUGCUGAGGAAGCUGGACGCCGGCCUGGAGGCGGCCAAGGCCAGUCUGCAGAGGAGCCAGCUGCAUGCGGCCAUGUUUCAGUGGCAGCACGAGGAUGUUCUGGGACCCACUAAUCAGCCACUGGGUGUCAGUGUUCCUCCUCGGUCUGCCAUCCUCAGCAACAUGAAGAAGAAGCUGUACAAGUUAAGUCAGGAUGAGGGCGCUAUUGUCAGCAUUCAGGAGAAGCUGGCGUCUUUGGAGGCCAGCAUCGAGCAGCGUUUGAAGUGGGCCGGAGGAGCCAAUCCAGCACUGGCUCCUGUGCUGCAGGACUUUGAGCUAACUAUUAGAGAGAGGCGGGCAACCGUGGCCAGAGAGAACCAGCGCACCAGCCAGGUGUCUUUCUUGUGUUCUACCAUUCUGAACUUUGAAGGGCUGCGGACCCGGACCCCCGAGGCUCUCAGCAUGGACACGGCGCUGUUCGAGCUACUGAAGAGAUGCCAGCAGACUUCUUCUUACACGGCUCAGUUCAACAGCACUGUGUCACCGCUGGAGCUCCAACUGCUGCACAGGCUGAGUCCAUUGUUGGACCUGCCCAUUGGAAGUCCUGAUUGGCUGAGCUGUGGCCAGACACACUUGGAGGAGGAGCUGAGUGCUGAGCGGAGGAAGCAGGAAGAGCGGGAGCAGCAGCUGGAAUCCAGUGCCGAGUCCCUGCAGCUCUUGGUUGACUCCAUUAAGACCAUCCUGUCCAGCCACAACCGCCAGCUCGCUGACGUCAAGCAUCUGCUGAAGGCCAUGGCCAAGGAUGAGGAGGCUGCGCUGGUGGACGGAGAAGACGUGCCUUACGAGGGCAGCGUGCAGCACUUCAUGUUGGAGUACAAAGCGUGGCAGGACAACAUCCAGCUGGUGCUGUUCACUGUGGUCCAGGCCAGCGGCCAGACUCGGAACCAGGACCAGCUGGAGAUGCUGGAGGAGAUUCCUGUGACCCUGAAGGAGCUGCAGAGCCAGAGCCAGAGUGUCUACAACGGCCUGGUGGCUUUCGCGUCCCCCCUGGUGACUGAUGGAGACACGGCCUGUGCCAGUCCUGUUCCUGCAGCACAGACCAGUUUUGCAGCAGCUGUACGAUGCAGUGGAGUGAAGACCCAGCCAGAGUCCAUGUCUCAGAAUGCACGCAAGGUUCUACCACGUAACCUGGGAACUCCCACUGAUACCCCACCCAGCACACUGCUGAUGAGCAACAAAGGGCUGAACCCCAGCCCAAAGAAGGCUAUACGGGACCCAAAAACUGGAAGAGCUGUCCAGGAGAGGAACUCCUAUGCCGUCAGUGUGUGGAAGAGGGUCAAAGCCAAGCUGGAGGGCCGAGAUGUGGACGCCAACAGACGGAUGAGCGUCUGUGAGCAGGUGGACUAUGUCAUCAAAGAGGCUACCAACAUGGACAACUUGGCCCAGCUGUAUGAAGGCUGGACCGCGUGGGUGUGAAUGCUAUGCUGCUUCAUGUCUUUGGUCCAGCAACAGCUCCACCGGAAUCUAGUGGGUCUCGGGGGUCAGAACACCAGCACCGAGCCACACUGGGGGGAAGGAUGGGUGAAGCCGACGCUUAGCCCACCCUCGCAAACUCCUGGGCACCCAAACUAUGGGUAUCGACCACGUAGCACCGCUGCAACCACUGUCCACCACCAAUUCUCAGUGGAUCUGCAGCCCUGCUAACCAGGAAUCCCGGCACCGGGUGGGAGAGAGGAGGAGCUGAAAGGGCCCCAGACCAUCCAUCUGGGGACUCCUGCAGCCCACUACCAAGUUGUAACCAUGAAAAAUGGAGCACUUCCUGUUGAGGCGGUUCCACUCUGGUUGAAGGCCAGAUCCGGCAGGAUCUUGCUGUCAAACACCCUGAUGUUUGGACUUCACCAUGACUACCACAUGAGCGGGGCCACACAUUUCUUCAUCUUUCCAUUUUGGUCUUGUGACUCUGAUUGGCCGGUGGCAGAUCUGGAGGUGUGAACGAUGAAGAUUCAGGAUUUGUGUCGACGACGUGGAUCCAAAGCCUGAAACAGUCGUCUGAUGUUUGUUCUCAUUUGGGCUGAAUGGACCCAUAAAGACAAAGUGAAUAAAGGAUUUUGAUGUUGAGAUUGUUGUGGUUUUGUGGAAACCUGAAACGUCAUUUUCACAGGUGUUUGGGGGCCGAUGGGACAUGCUGUGGACAGGACAACCCAUCUUUUCUUCAGUCUUCUCUGUGUUGUGCAUUGAAAUGUUUCUUGUGACCUCUUUCAGACUUUAGUAUUAGGUUGCUAAUGGGUUUUUGUUUGUUUUACGUAGCUUAUCCCGUCUGUUCAGAAUGCCUGCGUUUUACUCUUGUUGACCUUCUAGUUUUACAUUUUAGUGGCAGAAGUGAAACCACCGUGAUGUUUUUGGUGCAAACUGUUACUUCUUAAAAAUUUUAUUGGAUUUUGUUGAAUGCUGAAUAAACAUGGAACUGAUCC